AAGAGAGAGAGGGGAAGAGAUAUAGAAAAAGAAAAAAGUAACGUGCAACAGAGGGAGAGACAUCAGAAAAAGAGGGGAAGGUGUAGAAGGGGGAGGAAGUAAUCAACUAUGUGCCGGCGUUUCAAGGAUCAAAAAAGGAGUUGGCCGCAGAGCGUCGUGCCUUGCGGCACCGGGACAACGCGUCUCAAGAUCUGACUCUUCUUCGUUUUGAAGAAUCGAACGAGCAAGCACGAAUAAACAGAAAUAAAGAGAAAGAGAGAGAGAGAGAAAAAAAAGAGAGCGAAAGAGAGAGAGAGAGAGAAAAGGAGAGUGUGUGUCUGUGCGUAAACGUAAAAGUGCCGGUAAAGAAGGGAGGAAAGGUGAUUAUAUAAACGGGGUGAUGCUCUCUCUCUGUUCAAGAAAAUAAGUCGAAAGAACGGUGUGUUGUACCUCGAACGACGUCCAUCUCGCCCCUGCUACGAGAGAAAGCGCCUAAUUAUAUAUCAACGUGCAUCGCGCAUGCGUAGAAUUUACGAAAUGUCGCGGGACGUAACGCACCCUCUCAACUCGCCAAAGAGUACUCUUAUUCACGUCUACGAUGGCUUUAGUUAUGCUUCCUUGCGAUCUACCAUGGUGGCCAGCUGUGGUAAAACAAUUAGACAGGGCAGCGCUCGCCAAAAACUCCACGGAUCUUUUGGACGCGAUGCAGAGAUUGCACGACAUGUGCAACAUAAGCCUAGAUCCUGAGGAAGACAUUCAAGAUCCUGAGUUAUUCACAGAAUUGGCGAAAUUUCUCGAUGAGGAUCUUGACUCUGUUGAACGUGAACAGGUAUUCACAAAAACAAUACCACGAAUGGUAGAGAGAGCUAAAUCUCUGAGAUCCACGAAACCUCCUCAGGGCUUACACUACAGUUUACAGCAACAGGGAGAUAGCGUCGAAUAUAGCUAUGCUUUUGUCUCUUCUCUUAUCGCUAACGCAUUUUUCUCGACCUAUCCAAAACGAACGACAAAAACACAUCCUACAUUAAGAGACUUCAACUUCACGAAUUUCUUCAAACACCUUCACACGAAUUGUCAGAAAGCAAAAUUGAAGAGCAUAUUUCGUUACUAUGAUUAUAUUGAAAACGAAGGUGCAUUAGAUGGGCGAGUGAUUAUUUCGAGACAGGUAAUGACGUCAAAACAAUGGUUGACCAUAGAAGAUUGGCUUGAAAGUAAUGUACCACUUUGUCCUUUGACGAUUCGUCACGAAGGUCGUUUAGGUAGACAAGAUACAGAAACUGUUUACGUUUGUUUCGCAAGCGCAAGAUUUGGGGGUGGAGUACUUGACGGUGACAUUACGCAAGAAACCAUACAUCUAGCAACUCAUCCAGAAAUGAUCGCAGCAAUUUUGUCAGUCGAGGCUUUGGAGGACAAUGAAGCUUUGAUAGUGGAAAAUGUUAGACGUAUAUCUAUCAUAAACGAUCCCCAUAACAGAGCAAUAUUCGAAGCUGUUCCCAAGCCCAAUACCGUAACCAUUUGCUGUAUAGACCCGGAAGAUUAUUCAAGAUUACCAUUAACGCAAUUCGAAGAAGACAACAUUUUGAGAGAAAUGAACAAAUCACUUUUAGGAUUUCGACAAAGACAUGUACCGAGUAGCCCAACAGAUCCAAUCAAAACUGAAUUAGAUGCCGAUGGAAGUCUAGGAGCUCGGAGAUUGUCACCAAUUGGUGAAAGUUUCAGUAGUACUCCACCUGAAAUUGAGAAUGAAAAUAAGUUCUAUGAGACUGGUGAUGGCACGAAAGAUGUUGAAACAACGACAUUUGGUGAAUUGAGCAAAUCACCGAGUGGUACUGAACUUCGAACAAAACCGAACGGUAAAUUUGUCCGAUCAGCGAGCCCCCGAAGAGUUUGCAAGGACAGUAGUUGUACAAACAAAAAAAAUCGUUUUAUUGUUCUUGGAUCCAGUGGUGAAGUUUUACCGGUCACUCGCAAAUCUCUUGGUCAAAUGUCUGUUUACAGUAGUUGCAAUAGUCAAAGUACGGAUAGUUUUCACAGUGCAAAAGACACAAUGGACGAAGAAGUUGACGAAGAAGAACAAAAGUUAACGAGACGUUACAGCUCGCAAUUGGAUACACCCGAAAGACGAGGUACAUUUGCACAAAGAUUAAAAGAAGCUCUCAAACGAGAAAGUACAGCCACUGGUGCAUCUACUUCCAAUACUUCUUCCGGUGAAAGUAGUUAUGCUGUUGGAAUAAGUAUCGCGGGAAGUCACGUCUGUGAUCAAGAUAUCAAACUAAAAAGAGGAGGUUCGAGGGGAUUCGUUCUGAGAGACGAGACUGUAGACGAAGAUUUUUUGAAAGAGUCUUUAGAAGCAGAACAAAAGUGGUUAGGUAGAUUUCGACAAAGUCAACCUCCGGCAUUUCAAAGAAGAGAAACCAAUGCUAGCAGUAAAUAUAGUUUCAGUACCGAAUAUAAUUCUGACUUCUGUUCCGAGUUAGAAGAAGUCUACGAGCAAUUGUCAAAAUGGUUGGAAGAUCCGAUCACAGAGGAUGAAAAUCGUGAAUUGGAUACAAGAGACAGAGCAGUCGUUAGAUUCGCUGGUUCGUUGUUAAAACGAGCGCUCAGCGAAUCUUUCGCAGGUGUUCCAGUUCAAGAGGGUGAACCUCAACCUUUCAUCGAUUCGACUGAUAUAAAUCAAAGGCACAAAUUAGCUUUAGCUGUGAGAAGUUUAAGUUUAGAACUGGCACGUCAGAAAAGCAGAAGGCAACAAUCGGUUUCUGAAUCAGAAGAAAUAGAAUAUUAUGAAGAUGCUUUGAGCGAUGAGGCAACGAUAACAAAGGAUACGAAGGAUUGUCAACGCAGGAAACUGCGAGCUGUUGCAUUUACUUCUGAGGUAUAUCAAACCUUGGUCGAUGAUCAUACCACUGUAUAUCUACCCAAGUCUAUAGAUAGAAAGAUCUCUGGAACUGAUGAUAAUAUAUCGGAAUCAACUUAUGUCAAUAAUACUACGCAUGGAAAUCCUAUAGAGAAGUCCAUACAAUAUUUAGUAAACGAAAUACCUCGAGAGAAUAGUUCUAACAUCGGGGGAUUGUUAUCUGUAGCAACAGGCAAUUGGGGUUGUGGAUCAAGAUUGAAAGGUGAUCCACAAUUAAAACUUGUCAUACAAUGGCUUGCAGCUUCUUUGGCGGGUGUACCAAGAUUAAUUUAUUAUACCGCAGGAAAUUGUUCUUUAUCUAAGUUGGAUACAAUAAGUAGAGUUCUUCUAGAUAGACAUUGGUCAGUAGGUGAUUUAGCUGCAGCUGUAUUAAAGUUUUCCCUACAAGCCAUUGAAAAAAGAGUAGAGAACAAAAGUAAUCUUUUUGAAGAAUUAAUUGGUACGGAUAAAUUGAGUCCUUAGCCUGAUCCAAUGCUGUCCGUUUUAGUAGACAUUCUUGCUACAAUGAUAGAGGACAGCUUAUUAAUCUCGCGUGAAAAAAAUACUAUAGCCGACGACAAUUAAACAUUGAGAUUAAUUUGGUACUAAAAUAUGAAACGAGGUUUACACGUAAUAAAAAAAAAAAUAAGAAAAGGAAAAACAAGAAUUCUUUUUUUUUAUUUUUUUU